UGUGAAGUUACCAGGGAAGGCUACCUGGACGCACUUUCACUGCCUUGCAGAGGUUAACAAACGCCGCUUUCACUAUGAAGAGGCCUUGCGAGGACACUACCUCUGACAGCGACAUGGAUGAAACUAUAGAUGUCGGGAGCGAAAAUAACUAUUCAGGACAAAGCAGCGGUUCUCUCAUCAGAUCCAGCUCCCCAACAACAACAUCCCAAGUUAUGGCAAGAAAAAAAAGAAGAGGGAUAAUCGAAAAGAGACGGAGGGAUCGCAUCAAUAACAGUUUAUCAGAACUGCGGCGACUUGUCCCCACUGCGUUUGAAAAACAGGGAUCUGCCAAACUAGAAAAAGCUGAAAUAUUGCAGAUGACAGUUGAUCAUCUUAAAAUGCUUCAGGCAACUGGUGGUAAAGGGUUUUUCGACGCGCACUCUCUGGCCAUGGACUUCAUGAGCAUCGGUUUCCGCGAGUGUCUGACGGAAGUGGCCCGGUACCUGAGCUCCGUGGAGGGGCUGGACACCAGCGACCCCCUGCGCGUGCGCCUCGUCUCCCACCUGAGCACGUGCGCCUCCCAGAGGGAGGCAGCUGCCAUGACGUCCUCCAUGGCGCACCACCACCAGGCCCUGCACCCCCACCAGUGGGCCACCGCCUUCCACCCGCUCCCCGCCGCCUUCCUCCAGCAGAACGGACUUCCUUCCUCGGAGGGCGCUGCCAGCAGACUGUCCGAGGGGCCCCCGCGCAGCUCGGCGCUCCUGACCGCCACCUUCUCUCAUAGUGACUCCACUCUCAGGGCGCCCUCUACUGGCAGCGUCGCGCCCUGCGUUCCGCCACUCUCCACCUCGCUGCUGUCGCUCUCCGCCACGGUGCAUGCCGCCGCUGCAGCAGCCGCCGCCCAGACAUUCCCUCUCUCCUUCCCCGGAGGAUUUCCCAUCUUCACCCCGAGCGUCACCGCCGCGACCGUGGCUGUUUCGGCGGUCAGCCCCACGUUAUCGACCGCAUCGGGAUCCCCACAGACCAACGGCGGCAGCAGCAGCAGCAGCAGCAGCAGCAGCAAGCCGUACCGACCCUGGGGGACUGAGGUGGGAGCGUUUUGAGCCUUUCAGCUCCAAACUCCCCUUAUGGCUGAAGGUCUUCCACACCUUGUAGAUAAAACUGUCCUUGUUGCAGGAGGCCUUUCACACCUUGUAGAUAAAACUCUCCUUGUGGUUGGAGGUCUUCCACAUCUUGUAGAUAAAAAAAAAAUCCUUUUGGGAUCUUCCGUUGGAAGUUCUUCACAGCACCCUUGGACUGCACACACCAGCUUGCAUCUCGUGUCUCAGCUACACGCAGAAUUGAAGCACCUGCAUUCUAAAACGUCUUGGGAAUGGAAGACAGUGGAUUGUGUUUACAUAUGUCACACAAACUGGACAAACCUUACUGAAAUUUAACUUUUUUAAAGUUUGAGGAAUGGAGCAGCACUCAUUUCGGAUCUUUUUACAUGAUUUCCUUCUUCUUUGUAAUAAUGUACAGUAGGCUGUUCAGACCUUGCUAUGGCACAGUCUAUGGUAGCCUAAGUCCAUGGUAUCUUUCUGUAUGUAAAUGGAUGCAGCAGGAUGUAUGAUUGGUCAGAUGUGUGUGAGACAGUGAAACUAUCUGUGAUGACUCCCUUUGGUAUACAAUCCUGUCAGGAGUCUAUCCUGAACUGGUGGAAAUAUCAAUUGAUAAUAUCAAUUAUCAACAUAAAAAACAUAAAAUAAUCCAGGAUAACAGGGAUGAAUAGCAUAUUGUACAUUGCACAUUGUAUCAGAAGAAUUUAAGCACCAACCUGUCUGUCAUCCACUUCUAGACCAGACAG